AUGAGAAUCAAGAAUUAUGUUAAUGGACCUUGUUCCAUCAUGGGGGAUUUCGAUUCAAUCUUAGAAGCUGUUGAAAAGAAAGGAGGUGUGCCAUACAACCUUAAUAAGAGCACUGAUUUUAGAACUUGUAUGGAUGACACUGGUAUGACUGACUUAGGCUUCACCGGCUAUCCAUUCACUUGGUGCAAUGGUAGAGGCAGAAGUAAAAGAAUCAGCAAAAGGCUUGACAGAAUUAUGGCAAAUGAAGAAUGGACAGACAUGUUUCAAUCCAAUAGAGUAGAUCAUAGAGCCAAAACAAGCUCAGAUCACAGUCUCAUGCUGUUCAGAAUUGGCGAGAACAACCAAGAUUACAUCAAAUAUUUCAGAUUCUUAAACUUCUGGACCUUUCAAAGAGACUAUGAAGAGACUGUACAAGAAGCUUGGAACAUUGAAGUUCAUAGCAAUCAGCUUUGGACCUUACAGCAAAAACUGAAGAAUUUGGCUAGAGUGUUGAGCAAGUGGUCUCGGGAAAAAAUUGGAGAUGUAUUUGCUACGGUUAAACUACUAAAAACUGACAUAUGCAGACUGGAGGAAGAAUAUGGAGCAGAUGACUCUGAUACAAAUAGACAAGCCCUCUAUAAGGCCCAGGCUGAAUAUAUUAAAUGGCUCAAAAUGCAAGACUCUAUUCUUAAACAAAAAGCCAGAAUAAAAUGGUUUGAGGAAGGGGAUUCUAACACCAAGUACUUUUACAGUGUUAUUGAGGGCAAUGAAGAUAUUUUUAACGCUGCUGUGGAGCACUUCAGUAGCCUUUUCACCCAUUUUCCUAGUGAUAAUGAUUUAUCCAUAUUGAACUGGAUUGACACUUCUAUCACUGAGGAAGAAAACAGCUUUAUGUGCUCUAUCCCCGAAGAUGAAGAAAUCAAAGGUGCUGUUUUUUCCGUUGACCCAAACAGCGCUGCUGGCCCUGAUGGGUAUAAUGGACACUUUUAUCACGCUACUUGGAACAUUAUUCAACUUGAAGUUUGCAACUUUGUCAAAGCCUUUUUCACUGGCACCUUCCUUACCAAAUACUAUACCCACACCAACCUUGUUCUCAUCCCUAAAGUACCAUCACCUACUACCCUGGAUCAUCUAAGACCUAUUAGCCUUUGCAAUGUCUCCAAUAAAAUUAUCUCAAAGAUUGCCACCCUUUUGCCCAAACUCAUCUCAGAUAACCAAUCAGGAUUUGUUAAGGGGAGACUCAUCACAGAAAACAUCUUACUCACUCAAGAGAUAGUCCAUGGUAUGAAACAAGCCAACCAGGGGGGAAACGUCAUCAUCAAACUGGAUAUGUCUAAAGCUUAUGACAAACUUUAG